UUCACAAUGACACCCUAUUUUCAACGGAAUAAUCAGCUCAUAAAAUAAUUACAGAUGGUACCUUCAUUACUGUAAAUAUUCAAGGCAGAUAACAAGCUCGUAGAAUGGAUUUUAACCUUCCCUUUAUCGUCAUUGCAACGUUUGCGAUUUCAGCUGUUUAUGCUGUGGAAUGGGGUCAACCUCAUGUUAGGUUCCAAUCUUACUACCCGAUACCGGAGUCUGUGUGUAACAUAACAAGUUACGAGGACGGUACAGCAGAGUAUGUCUUCGUGUGCCACGACGAUGACUUCAACCUAGACUUGUACUCUUACCCCGAUGAUCCAAGGGUCAUCCUUUUGUUCGACGAGUGUGGCGAAAUUUGCGGUAUUCGUGCAUGUUACAUUAAAACUGACAUACCUAAAAGAGCAGAGUCUCAAGGCGUAGCCUUCAACUACAGUUAUGAGGAUAAAGGAACAUAUCGUAGCUACACUUACUGGGAAAUCGAUGUUUGGUGUGUCGACACCCUGUUCGCCUCUCCAGAAACUCUGGCAGCAGGCUGUCGAAGUACUGAAGUAAGUGAGCUCUAUGUGGUUUUGGAGGAUUAUAUAUUCACGAAGUUAGCAAGAAGUGAAAGUGACAUAGAAAAUCAAGGAUUCACUAAACAGGGCUGCUUGGACGGAAUGGGACAGCACUACUUUUACAAAAUGUACACAGACACUCCAUGUAAUGAGUUGGUUGGAAUUAUGGUACUUUAUGACUACGGGGAUCUGAUUGGUGUAGUUCAUUGUCCAUUUGGUUCGUUUACAUCCGACCAUAGAGUGUGGUUCGAGGACCCAAACGUACCCAUAUCAAAGGUUAUAUCCCCGAACGCCCCUCAAUGUUUGUACGACUUGAUCCCGUACUUCGGGAUCUCUGCUAUUCACAUUUACAUGAAAAAGAAUCCUCGUGAAACCUAUUGCCCUUAGCCUUAUCUCUACUGUUAUUGAUCCUGUAUCCAGAUUCAAUAAAUUGUUUUUCAAUUUCAAUUAUCAUGUAUAGAAAGCUACAGAUUGUAUUAAAUAAACGGAAAGAAUAAAAUUGA